UUAGUUUGAAUCAAAGAGGUCAAUAUUCAACUCCUUUGUAAUUCCACAGAACGGGACCAAGGACUUUCUAAGAAGACACUGGACUGUACUGGAUCCUGAUGUGCUUUGUUCUCAUCAUGACUGUGAAAAUACUUCUGAUUCUCCUCAUGUUAUUGACAGGUGUGUGUCCCCGGAGACCCAGAGAGAUAUAUGUCAAGGAAGGUGAGAUGGUGGCGCUGUACUGCCCUCGUUACAGAGGAUAUGAUCAUGGUGAUGCCAAACUGAUCUGGACCAGUUACACCACCCAGGACAUGGAUCUGACCAACAGCGUGUCAUCAGCUGAGCAGAGGCAGCUGGGCAUACUGGUUCAUGAGAGGAGCCUUGUGAUUCUUAGUGCCUCUGUAAACUAUCGGGGGAAUUACUCAUGCACUCAGGGGAAUGCCAGCACCUGGUUCAGGCUGACAGUUCUCACACCACAGUCCAGAGAGUAUGAAAAGAUGACCCAGUACUCUACAACAGGUUACACAGAAGAGGCCUUCACAUUGCAUUGCCCUGAUGUAAACAUACCUGCUGAAAACAUCCCAAAUAUUACCAGCAACGGCAUUAUAUGGCACAAGGAGGGCGAGUCAUUGCCAAAAGACAGUUACUUCUCAAGUGUGGAAGAGAAUGAUGAUGGUGUCUACACCUGUACCAGAUCUUACCUGUGUUAUGGUCAAAUAUAUAACAUGACCUUUACAGUGGUGCUUCAUGUCCAAUCAAAGGGCAAAUCUGGACAAUCAGUGAUACUUUCACCCCAGAAAAGUGGUGUAUUUCAUGUAGAUUUAGGUUCAACAAAGGUGAUUGAUUGUAAAGCUGUUAUUUAUUCAGACUUUGAUGAGGUAUUCUGGUUAAGUGGGAAAUCAUUUGUGGAAACCGACAACAGCUUACCAGUUUUCUACAAUUACACACGGGAAAAUAAUGAUGGAGAAAUAAAGAUGACAGCAUCUCUUGUCUUUAAAAAAGUGUCAGAGGAGGAUCUAUCAAAAAAUUACACCUGUAAACUGGACUCUGUAUCUGGACACUCAAGCUUUGUCACCAUCAACUUGGCCCAAAAAUCAUCCUUUUCCUCCCUCUCCCUCACUCUUGGAAUUUCAUGCGUCGUGGUGGUGAUUGUUGUAGCAGUUGUUCUGUAUAUGAAGCUGAAAAUGGACAUUACUCUUUUUCUACGAGGCACUCUUUGUUGCUAUCCCAGCACCUCAGAUGGAAAGAGCUAUGAUGCCUUUUUGAUCUGUUACAAGAGCAACACAGACGCAGGACUACAUGAAGAUGACAGAAAAGAGCUGGAGAAUGUUUUGGAAGAGAGGUUUGGUUACUGUCUCUGUCUUUAUGAUCGUGACAUCUUACCGGGGAAAGCGGUAGCAGAGGCAGUGUUGGACUGUAUAGAGCAGAGUCGCACGGUGGUUUUGGUUCCCACCUCUCCGGAUCCUGGUCCAGGAUCUGGCCUGCUGAGUGCCAUCCAUGAAGCCCUUGUGGAGCGACAGACUCGCUUGGUUUUCAUCCAAACUGAGACAACAGAUGUGUCGAGAUCAGGUUCAUCACCAGAGGCCUUACAGCUUCUUGGCGAGGCUGGAGACUGUGUCACCUGGAAGGGCAUAAGCUCCAUGCAGCCCUCCUCCUCCUUCUGGAAGCAGCUACGUUAUUACCUACCUUCCCCGCAGCAUGCACCAGAAAUAAGGCUUUUACCUCAAACAAUCCAGGAUAACUGUUAAACUAUUUAGUUACAAUGAAUAUAUCAUAUCAAUUGUUGUGCUAUAUCAUAAUAAUAAUAAUAAUAAUAAUAAUACAUUCUAUUUAUAGAGCGCUUUUCAUGAUACUCAAAGACACU